GCGGGCGCGGCCCGCAGCGAGCUGGGGCCGCGCGCGAGAGCCGCCGCCGGCGCCGCCGCCGUUUUCCCCUCAGCCCGGCCCGGCGCUUCGGCCCGGCUCCGCUCGCCAUGAGCUUCCUCUUUGGGAGUCGAUCUUCAAAAACAUUCAAACCCAAGAAGAACAUUCCUGAAGGCUCCCAUCAGUAUGAACUCUUGAAACAUGCGGAAGCGACUCUGGGGAGCGGUAACCUUAGACAAGCGGUUAUGUUGCCGGAGGGAGAGGACCUUAACGAGUGGAUCGCAGUUAACACGGUGGAUUUCUUCAACCAAAUCAACAUGCUGUACGGGACCAUUACGGAGUUCUGCACGGAGGCGAGCUGUCCGGUCAUGUCCGCAGGACCGAGGUAUGAGUACCACUGGGCGGACGGCACCAACAUAAAGAAGCCGAUCAAGUGUUCAGCUCCGAAGUACAUCGAUUACUUGAUGACGUGGGUCCAGGACCAGCUGGAUGAUGAAACGCUCUUCCCUUCAAAGAUCGGUGUCCCUUUUCCCAAGAACUUCAUGUCGGUGGCCAAGACGAUCCUGAAGCGGCUGUUCCGCGUGUAUGCUCACAUCUACCACCAGCACUUCGAUUCCGUCAUGCGGCUGCAGGAGGAAGCCCACCUCAACACCUCCUUCAAGCACUUUAUCUUCUUUGUGCAGGAAUUCAACCUGAUCGACAGGCGGGAGUUGGCUCCUCUGCAGGAACUGAUUGAGAAGCUGGGCUCCAAGGACAGAUAAACUCUCCCUGGGCGGACCCUUUUGGCCACUCCUUUCUGCUUUGUAUGCCAGCCACUUCUACGCUUCGCCUUCAGCGAUGCAAGCCCCGAGAUGCCAGGCAGCGCUCCGAGAGGCAUCAGUCUCAGAGGCCAAGCAUCGCUUCUACAGUGCAGCAGCAGCCACCACCGCCUGUGUUGUUUUAAAAGUUGUUGGCUGCGCUGUGGUGACUUGCCCUGUGUAGUCCACUUGGUUUUCCAGGCUAUGUGCUCUAGUCUGGCUGAGGAUGGGACUUGCCUUGGACUCAGAGCAGGUUUCGUUUCCCCCAGGCAUGGGGUGAAGUUCACAUGCUGCAGAGCUACAUUCUACUCCCAAAGUUUUCCUCUGGACCCCAUGAUGGACACAGCACUUGACCUAUGAGCAGCCUGAUCAGGGCUAAGCCCAGUGUGACAGCUUAUUUUUGGAAGUGCUUUUUUUUUUUGGAUAAGAGGUGCACUUGAGCCUUAAGCUCCCCUUUGGCAGCAGCAAUGUUGUGGGGGAGGAAAAGAAGUGCCUGGCCCCUGCCUGGGCUCAAAGAGCAGCUCCCUGGUGUUCCCAGCAUGGUUGUGGGGGGCUGAGGAAGGGACCUACUGUGUGGCAAGGCAAUAAUAAAGUUUCUCCUUCCUGCUGUCCUUUCA